ACGUUCUAUCGUGGCGCAAUCGUGCAUCUCUAACCUGCAAGAGUCACGUUUGGAAAAGCGGGCUGGAAGGUUGGCGAGGAGCUUUCCGUUUUCUCAGAAAAAUUACCCAGUAACGUGUGUAAUUUAAUCUUGAUAUGCUAAGGACUGUAGUAUGGCGGGCCGGUAGUGGCCUUCUAAAGCACUCGCAACAGACUGUCCCAGUGUCGUGGAGAACUCGGAUCCAGCAGCGAUGGGCAUCCAGUCUCCCCAUGAACACAGUGGUUCUGUUUGUACCACAGCAGGAGGCCUGGGUGGUGGAGAGGAUGGGUCGCUUCCACCGCAUCCUGGAGCCAGGGCUAAACUUCUUAAUUCCAGUACUGGACAGAAUCCGGUAUGUACAGAGCCUCAAAGAGAUAGUGAUAGAUGUGCCUGAGCAGUCUGCUGUAUCUCUUGACAAUGUGACGUUGCAGAUAGAUGGAGUUUUAUACCUCAGGAUACUUGACCCCUUUAAGGCCAGCUAUGGAGUUGAGGACCCAGAGUAUGCAGUGACCCAACUUGCACAAACGACUAUGAGAUCAGAAUUAGGAAAACUCACGCUGGAUAAAGUUUUUAGGGAGAGGGAGUCUCUGAAUGCCAACAUCGUGCACUCCAUCAACCAGGCAUCCGAUGAGUGGGGGAUCCGCUGUCUACGCUACGAGAUUAAGGACAUUCACGUUCCCCCACGGGUUAAGGAAUCCAUGCAAAUGCAGGUGGAGGCUGAGCGGAGAAAGAGAGCCAUGGUUCUGGAGUCGGAGGGAACACGAGAGGCAGCCAUUAACGUGGCAGAAGGACGCAAGCAGGCUCAGAUCCUGGCGUCUGAGGGAGAGAAGGCUGAACAGAUCAACAAAGCUGCAGGUGAAGCGAAUGCUGUACUGGCAAAAGCAGAAGCCAAAGCCAAGGCCAUCGGACUUCUCUCUGAAGCCCUCACUCUGGAGAACGGAAAUGCCGCAGCGUCUCUUAGUGUGGCGGAGCAGUAUGUCUCUGCCUUUUCUAACCUGGCCAAGGAGUCAAACACCGUCAUCCUACCCUCCAACACAGGAGACAUCUCCAGCAUGGUCACCCAGGCAAUGGCUAUAUAUGGGAGCUUAGGAAGGACGCAAGGCCGAAGCUUGCGUGAGGGGGUGGCCCCUAUAGCUCCAGAAGAUUUUCUAGAGAUCCCACCAGCACCUGAACCUGCAGCUCCCGAGCACACCUCUAGCAUUUAGAGCACACAGUCCAUCCCAAUGAGGAGGCCACCGCCCAAACCCAGCGUCUGCGUCCGGCACUGGGGCAGGGUGUGACUGAUACGGGCGUGUCCUGUCCCUGCUGAGCAACCUGCCGAAGAAGAGAUCCAGGCUAACCAUUCUGCCUUAUAGCUCUGGCUGCACACCAGGCAUCUGAAGAGAGAAUAAGAGAGCAAAGGAAAAAGAGAAUAAUUCAUAUAAUUCCACUGAGGAUGUCAGUAACUGGAGUUUUUCAUUGUUUUUUGUUUUUUCCCCUCCGGGAAAGAGUAGGUGAAGGUGUUACAUAUUUUAAAAAUAUUUUUGUUGGAAUACAUGAUAAAUGUUAACUGAAACAUACUUCUUUAAACCCAAGUUUAUCAGAAUUUAUAAAACAUAAUUGCAUCAUAGACGUUUGUUUUUUUUUUCCCCCUUGAUGUGAGCAUUGGGAAUUUAAACAAUAUAUGCUAGUGUCUAUGUAGUCAAAUGAUGAUAAAAUAAAUUAUGCCAUGUUCUGACA